AUGAUGAUGACGUGCCGUCUGCUGUGCGCUCUGUUGGUGCUUGCCCUGUGCUACUGCCCAUCCGUGUGCGUGGCAGACGCUCAGCCUGGACCUCAAGCCGCUCCCCUUUCACCGCCCCCUCCACCACAGCCACCAACCCCGACGGCCGGUCAGUCAGAGUUGUCAGGUUCGGGCCCUGAAACAGGAGGAAUACCAGGGAACGGUCAGGCUGCUAAAAAUUCAGGCACUGAGCCGACUGCGGAAACAAUUGAGGCAGAAGCGCCACGUUCAACCGAUCCGGGACCAAAAGUAAAUAACGUGUCAAAUACAUCACUGACAGAGGUUACGAUCGGCAAUAAAGGAUCAGAAAUUGGUACCGGUACAUCUACGGACAAAGACGUUAAUAAAGCCGAAGCUUCUUUUGAGACGACCACAACGACGACCACCACAACCACGACGACCACCACUACAACACAGGCACCAACCACCACGACCACCACUACAACAGAGGCACCAAGUACUACGACUACAGAGGCGCCAGCUGUGUCGACCACCCGCGCACCGUCACGUCUUCGCGAAAUCGACGGCAGCCUCGGCAGCUCUGCGUGGGUGUGUGCCCCGCUGGUGCUCGCCGCAUCCGCGCUGGCGUACACCACUGUGGGCUGA